AUGGCUGGCAUGACCGUCAUGGGAUUUGGGCUUGGCUAUGUCGCGGUCGCGUGGGUUUCGGUGGCGACCUCCUUCGCCGAGAAUGAGAGAUUGCAAUGGCGCCUGCCUCUUGUCCUGGCCUGCGUUGGACCCCUCGGCCUCUUGGUCGGAAUCUAUUUUGUGCCGGAGACACUCCGGGUCAUCCAACACCUCCAUCGCGAUCCCGAACACCCAGAGAAUGCUAGUGCCCAAGCGGAAUUCAUUCAGAUUCGGGCACAGGUUGAAAAGGACAAGGAGCAGAAUUCGAGCUGUGUCCUCAUGUUCACAAAGCCGAGUUGGCGCAAACGCUCGCUUCUCGCGCUCUUUGUGAUGUUUGCGUCUCAAGGAACCGGGGUUAAUGGCGUUGCAAACCAUGAGGUCCGCAUUUUUAGGACGUUGGGUCUUAAGAGGGUGAUGCCAUUACUUGUUUACGCGAUUUACGCCCGUUAUUGGUACAAUUGCCGCUUCUAUGGCCUGUUUGUUUCACGACGGACAAGUUCAGACAGAGGAGACUUUUCUUAA